AUGACAAAUCUUCGUGAAUCUCUUCAGCGUAGUUUUUAUAUGUCUCUUGUUAAUGAAAAACAAGCUCUUAGAAAAUCAAAGCGAGAAGAAAUGUUGAAUAAAAAAAGAGUUAUUGAAGAACCAUCACAAAACACAGAAGCUAAAGACCUUUAUAAUGAAGCUUAUAUUCAAGCAGCACUUUAUGAAGUGCAACACCCUACAACAAAAAAUAGAACCAUUGAUGCUUUGUUUUGUUUGCGAAAUAUUUCUCCAAGACCUGUUAUGCCAAGUUUGAUGAAAUUAUUAGACUCUCCUGAUGAAAAUAUUGUUCAUGACACUUUGACUGUAUUUAUUAAUUGGAGUGGUACUGAUUCAGCAUUUUCUAAACAAAUUUUUACUCCAACAACUCUUCCAAUAUUUGUAAAGUUAUUUGAUAAUUCAGAUGAAAAAAUUCAAUCUCAAAUUGCAUGGGUAGUUGGAAAUGUUGCUUCAGAAGGAGGUGCAUAUAAGCAAGUUUGUUACAAUACAUUUAUUGUUCGUCUUGCCAGUUUAAUCAAUCAUUCACUUAGUAUCACUACUGUGAGAGUUGUUGUUUUUUCAAUUGUUUGUUUAUUAAUUUCAAAACCAUUAUUAACUAUAAAAAAAAUGGAAUCUUUGUUAACGCUAUUGGUGUUAGUAUUUGAUUGUGCUGAUUAUCAAGUGUGUUCAGAUAUUCUAGGAUGUUUUGUUAUUUGUUCUGAAGAGUCUGAUGAGGAGAUUUUAACUUUAUGUUCACAAUUUUUCAAGGAUUUGUUCAAGGGGUAUCUCAAAUGCACAACUAAUCUUCUUUCAACAAAAGAAAUGUUAUUAGCAAAAUAUUUUAUCAAAUAUGUUGGUAAUUGCUUAAGAAUGGAAGAGGACAUGAGUCUUACUAAAGAAAUUGUAGAAUUAAAUUUCAUUAAAUGGAUGCAAGAUGUUGCUAUGUUCAUUCAAGACCCUUCAGUAAAAAAAAAUUGUUUUUGGGUUAUUGGUAAUUUAUGUUCAACAGAAUAUCCUAAUAUUUGUUCUAUUAUUAAUAAAAAAGAUUUAAUGAAUCAAGUUAUGUUAUGUAUCAAUACUGAGCAAGACAUUAAUUGUAAAGCAAUGGCAAUACUUGCAUUUUGUAAUUUCUUUUCUGUUUGUGAUCAAGACCAAUUUGAGAAAUUAUGUUCUAAAUCUCUUUUCUUCUUAACUACAAAUAGAAUUCUUCAAGAGAGAGAUCCUAGAACAACCAAACAAGCAUUAUUAGGAUUAUACAGAAUGAUUCGUUUUAUGAUCAUUAGUAAUAUACCUUUUAUAGAAAUAUUAGACACAACAGGAUUGUAUAAUUCAUUACAUCGUCUUUAUGAAACUGAGCUAGAUGAAACUAGUAAACAAUAUAUUAUAAUGAUAUUGACCUAUUAUGAAAAAUAUGAUACAUCUGAAAAUUUAGAUGAAGAAUAA